GAAUCGAUGCUUGUGGUGACGUCAUGCUCGUUGUUUCGAAUGUCGCGAGCUAGCGCUGGGUAGGAGGCCGCGCGCUCUGCUGGGGACACAACUUGUACAAAUCUGAGGCUCAAGGUCGUCGACAGCCCCCGAUACCUGGACUUUCAGGAAUAUCCUCUCCCAUCCCCCUUACCCCCUCUGUCAGAGCAUGGCUCAGGAGACCAAUCAGACGCAGGUGCCAAUGCUUUGCACUAUGGGAUGCGGUUUCUAUGGUAACCCCCGCACCAACGGCAUGUGCUCCGUCUGCUACAAGGAACACCUGCAGAGACAACAGGGAGGGGGUCGAUCCAGUCCCCCGGGAGAGAAAGCUGCUACGUCACCGGCAGGAUCACCGGGAUCUGCUAGUGUGACUGUGGAGAGCACAACCCCAGAGCCCUGUACAGAGGUGGCAGGAACUCCACCUGAGGAGCAAACAACCAGUCCUAGCUCCCCCAGCCCAGUAACUCAACAGAUGACAGCUAUGAGCAUCUCUCAGGAUUCAGGAGCUGUGGACUCUGAUCGAGCGGAGGCUGAGGAGGGAGAAGAGGAGGGUACUUCUAACAGCACAGAGCCAGCGGGUGAAGCAGGACAAGCUUCGUCUGAUGGUGACCAAACUCCUGAUAAAAACAAGAAAAAGAACCGCUGCUUUUCUUGCCGGAAGAAAGUGGGCCUUACUGGCUUUGACUGUCGCUGCGGCAACCUGUUCUGUGCCAUUCACCGUUACUCUGACAAACACGACUGUCCCUAUGAUUACCGGAGUGCAGCUGCUGCCCGCAUACGCAAGGAGAACCCCAUCGUGGUGGCUGAGAAAAUUCAGAAGUUAUGAGGACUGAGUGCGAAAGAAGUCUCUCUGACUUCGUGAAUUUGAACAAUGGCGACUUGGAUGAAAACACCUGAUAUCAUGGCUUCAUUUGUUCAUGGUAGUCUAAGGCGGGCAGGGUGGGGUGGUUGUGGUCGCAGCCACAGUCCAGACACUUCCCUUACUAGCAUCUCCCUCUCUCUCCGCUAGUGACUGCAGCUGAACCUGAGUUUUUCUGUAUGCCUGCGUGAUUGUAUGAUGGUGUGUGUGUGUGUGUGUGUGUGCAUUUGCUUGAGAGUUGUGGAGAGAGCCGUAGGGGCUUGGUGGACAUUUGUGUUGCCGUGGGGAGGGAUGGCAUUUGAUUUUACCCAUUUUUGUUCCUCAACGUGGGUGGGAAAUGUGUGAGUUUAUAUUUAUACAAUCCCUGUCAGUAGUUGAAAUUAAGCGGGAUAAACUGUUGAGGUGUGUGUCAGGGCCUGGAUAAUGGCACAGAGGAAUAUUAAAAGUGUCUAGUGAGUUGAAUAAAACUAGUUUUAUCUAACAAUGAGACUAUUUAAGGGCUUUGGAAAACAAAAUUUUACCCAGACUGAAAAAUGAUGUCAAAUUGGCCUCCUUUACUCAAUGGGUCACCACACAUUCAACUCCAAAGUCUCAGCAUUUUCCUGAUAUGUCUCUCUUUGAUAUAUUGACUUCUAUGGAUACUGGGUGCAUGAGCUGUUAUUAGAAGGGGAGGUAAGGGGUAAGGGAACCGAGAACCUUGACUUAUCCGAAUGAUUGAAUUCUGUGUUUUUUGUCUUUUUGUUCUUUUUUUUUUCCUUUCUGUUUUAAUGAGCGUAUGACAUCAGAAGAUCUAUAUUAAUAUAUUGUAGUUAGCUUGAAUUGUGUGAUUGCAUUCUAUUUAUUUUUUAUCGGUUGGUCUGUGCUGGAGGAUUGGCAGCAUGUGUCAGCAAAUCAUUACGAUUUGCGCCUAACCUUUUUAAUUCUAUUUAAGUAAUUUCAUCUUGAUUAUAUAACCAUUGAAGAAAAAAAACACACAAGCUCUGACUUGAUGGAGUAGAGUCCAGUUAUGCCGUUCCGAUUAAGAUUGUGCAGUAAAAUGUCCAUUGAUUUGGAUUUGGAAAUGAAGCACAACGAAGUGUGUCAGCUGCAGAGCACAAACUAACGUGCCACACCUACUCAGUUUCGUUCAGCAUCUGGGUCAUUUGAAGUUUAUAUUUGAGCUGUGUUGCAGGCUCGCUGAGGAAAUUGCCUUGUUUGACUGAUGAGAUGUUCUGUUUUAGUAAGGCGAUGUGCUCUCCUUGAAUACCCUUUUAUACUACAUGGAGCCGGACUGAAGCUCCAUGUUUCUCUAACCACCAGCAGACCACUGACACAUGCUGAAUGAAAACUGACCUGGGUCGCAGUUAACUGUACACGUAAUGACACACGUUCUGCUCAGCUACAGAGUAAAGAUUGUCGCGGUGCUGCAGAGUUGCGUGCUGUGCUUUUACAAUGUGCUCAGAUUCAGACGAGUCCUUAAUGCCAAGACCGCUUCUAGCUUGCUUCUUCUAGGAAGAUAGAACUUGCGUGCAUGUGUGUGCAGUCAGACAUACGAGGUUUGUAAGUGACGGCACAGUUUGAAAUGAAGCUGGAAUGUUCAAAAAGCCGCACAGCAGUAGCACAAUGCAUGGCUGGAACCUUGAUGCUCAAGUGAACAGGACUCUACAGUUUUUUUUUUUUUUUUUUUUUCCAAAUGUAAAUAACAUAUGGCUCCUAUUCAUAUAGUAUAACCUUAAUGUAGAUUUUUGCCAGGUAAUAAAGAUGGGGGAUUAAGGUGAAGAAUAGUACUAUGUGUAUUAAAGUGCUUUUUCAUAAUUAUCAAAAAAAAAAGAAAAAAAAGAAUGUGCCACAACUGGCACAGCUACUCCCCCACCAUCUUGUUUGCCCUUUAUUUACAAGUUAUUACAUGUAACGUUAAAAGUAUUUUCAAUAACUGGCUCUACCAGGAGUAUCUCCCACAGGCAACAUGGCUUCUAUUUUACAAUACUAGUCGGAUUGUUAACAAGUCCCUCAAAGCAUUAUUAAUGUCGCUGAAUGACAGAGGCUCUCAGUCCAUGCUUUCAUGCCGUUACUGAAGUCUGUUAGCGUAGCGAUAUUACUGAAAGUUAAAAAGGUCCCCUGUGAGAUAUACGGGGGCCAGUUGAGGUUUCACCUUCUCAUUAUUAAAAGCUUUCCCUGUAAACGUCGACUGAUCCUGAUCAUUAAAUAUUUAUGAAAGAGCUGUAGAAAAGUUGCGCGGAAUUUGUAGGGUUCACAUUUUCCAAACAAGGCCAUGCAGAACGUAUGGGAUGUAAAUGACGCUCUAUCUUGUUACCACAGAAUAUCACGUUCAUCUGGUCGAGAAAGCUGGCCGCCAUCAGAAUUCCUGUGAUGUCGCGUUGUUGACAGGUUGGGUCAGAUCUAGGUGACUGGUAUGAUGACUGGGCAUACCUACUACAAGACUAGUUACUUGGGAUAACUUGGUCAUCUGUAACGACUGUGAUUUAAUUUCUUCCUCCAGCUCACCUCUAGUAGAAUUUUGAAAUUCAGAAAGCGUUUAUCUUGAGUGGUGACGAGAAGAAUAAUUGUCUUAUUCAGGGGGACUUGUGGUUGGUGCUGCUCUGCAGUUAGGUGUGUGUGUUAUAUACAGAAUUCUCAAACGUGCUGGGUUUAUAACAAUUGCAAAAUAUUACUGCAUACAAAAUCCUCAGAAUUCCUUUCCAAAGUAAUGGCCCUUUCAUAGAAGAAGUCUUCUACGUAGGAUGAUUGUUCAGCAGUGUAAAUCGUGUAAAACAAACAGGGUUUACGCUUCUUUUCUGUUGACUGCUCAUAUCAAUGCCCCGACCCCUUUAAACCUGCUUUUUCUGAAUAAACGUGAGCAGUUUGAAUGUAAACCACCAUAAUUCACACAAAAUACCCUGAUAUAGACUGUCUUUGGGCAGCGGAUGGAGACGCGGUUGUCUUACAUGCAAUUUGGGACAGUUGGAUCACUAAAUGCUUUAUCUGUUUGUGACUUGGCACCAGCAAUUAGGGCUACCAUACCUAAAUAAUCUAGAUAUUAUCAAUGCAUAUACAUUCUUAUCCUUCUGUUACUGUUACAUUUCGAUGUCUUCAAUCCUGCCUUUGGCACAGCCUUUCAUAUUCAACGUCUUCAUCAUGCGAGGUUUUGGAUUGAUAAUAAUGAUAAAUCUGAAAGUUAUGAUGAGUCCGGUUGAGUUUCACUGCAGAACUAAAGACAAAUGAAGGUGGCCGUGUUCAUUUUGUCUUUCGUGAGCUUUAGGGACAUCUACCAUGUUCACAGGGAUGUAGUUCUUGUCCCUUGGCACUCCAGUCCCCCAGAAACACCACCAGAUAUCUUUUUCUUUUGUUUUUUUUUUCUUUAAAGAGUUAGGAUUGUAUGAUGUGUAAGAGUAAGUAUAAAACAAUAAAAUCACAAAGUUUAUUUUAAA